CAGUGUCGGACCAAAACACGCGGAUUUCUUUGCUUUUUCCUCUCCACCUCCCAAAAUCCAAAAACAUCCAAAAAUGCCGAAAAUCGCGGAGCUAGCGGGGGAUGAACAAUCGGAAUGUUCGCGCACAUUUGUGUUUGAAGACGAGGGCCACACACUCGGGAACGUGCUAAAAACUAUUAUCUGCAAGUACCCGGAUGUUAACUUUUGCGGCUACACAGUACCUCAUCCGGCGGAGAAUAAGAUGCACUUUCGGAUACAGGCCACCAAAUCGGUUCGUGCGAUCGAUGUGUUGCUACGCGGUUUGCAAGAUUUGGAACGGCUUUGCGAUCAUAUGAUGGAGACCUUCGAGGGAGCAGUAGCGUCACACCAUCGUGGAAGCGCGUGA